AUUUUGAAGGGCCAAUUUAUGACGUCACGUUCUGACGCCGCAAUCAGGAAGUGCUAGUCCCACAACAAGGACAGCUGAAGCUGCGUGUUCUCCUGACUUGUCAGAACUGGCAUGACGGGGGCGGCGGUGCUUAGAGCUCUCCGGACCCUGCGCCCCCGGACACUGGCCGCGACCUCAGGCAGGUUACUGGCCCCGGUGGAGUGCGUCCUCCCGCCGGCUUCGUGCGUGUUGUACUCGCCUUGGAGGACCGCUCCUGUCAGGACGCUGCAGCUGUGCUCCGCCUUGUGUGCCGGUCACAACAAGUGGUCAAAGGUGAAGCACAUCAAGGGACCCAAGGAUGAGGCGAGGGGCAAGAUCUUUAUGAAGUUUGCGAUGAUGAUAAAAAUAGCUGUGAAAGAGGGUGGAUCCAACCCAGACCUGAAUAUAAACUUAGCCCACGUACUGGAGCAGUGCAGGAGUAAGAACAUGCCUAAAGCCUCCAUAGAUGCUGCUAUAAAGAGUGCGGAGAAGACUAAACCGGCAUCCCAGCACAUAUUUGGAGCUCGGGGGCCCGGUGGAUGUCUGCUGCUCAUUGAGGUCCUGACUGACAACCACCCACGCAGCCACCAGGAAAUCAAACGCCUGCUUAUCAAGAACAGAGCAGCGCUGUCAGACGGAGCCUGUAACAACUUCAGCAGGAGGGGGGUGGUAGUGGUGCCGGGUCAGAACAUCUCGACGGAGCGAGCUUUGGAGCUGGCCAUCGAGGCGGGAGCUGAAGAUGUCCAAGAGACCGAGGAUGAGGAGGAGCAGCCCGUCCUGCAGUUUAUUUGUGACAUGACAGACUUGAGGAAAGUGCGAGCCUCACUGGAGGAGCUGGGGAUGCAGAUUACAUCUGCUGGGCUGGACUAUGUUCCCCGCACCCUCUUGUCUCUGGACCAGGAUCAGCUAGAUGCUGCUUCAACGCUGAUAGAAGCCCUCAGUGACUAUCCAGACGUAGUCCAAGUGUGGGACAACAUCCAGACUGACAGCUGAGCAUGAUUCCUGGACACUUGGUGGACACUGAAAAUCUUAUGUGGAAUAUUUGAUUUCACAGAGAAUGAACCUGUACUGCUUGUUAAAAUGUGUCACACUGCUCAUCAUUAUUUUCAGUAAGAAAAUAUGAGUGUAUCGGCCAUUUUGAUGCUCCCUGUGUGGGACUUGGAAGUAAAAUGAACACGUGGUCCUUGUUAAGAUUUAAAGUGAUAUUUCCUAAUAUUUUUAAUUAUCAGAGUGAAGUUUAUUAAGUGCCAGACUCAAGCAAAUAGGAGCCAUGCCUUUUUACAAACUAGCUUCUUCAGUCUGCAUUUAUUUUGUUGGUAGACGCUGUAGGAACACGAUUUGCAAAGUAGGUCUUUAAAGUUGGUUAAAAAGUACUAUCAUUCAUUGGAUCAAGGAGAAAUUAAAUGUUCUAUCAAAGUGAAAUGCCACUUUUAUUAGUAGUGGAAGGAAGCAAUGUUUAUAAAGGAUCAAUUUAAAAUACAUCAUAAUAUAAAGAUCCAUACAAAUGGGGAUAUAAGUAUUCAACACGUCAACAUUUUUUUUUUUUCAGUAAACAUAUUUCCAAUGCAGCUACUGACAUUAAAUUUAUACUAGACAUUGAUACUAGUGCAAUAAAACUACACUGAUAAAAAAAAAAUCACAACACUUUAAUCCAUUAAAAAGUUGUGCAAUUAAGUGGAAUGAGACAGGAAAUGUACUGAACAUUCUAAUUAAAAUGUAUUUAGUAAUUGAAGGAGAAGCUUUUGUUUGCAAUGCCAGCUUUUAAGAUGCUUCCUGUAUGAAGAAAUUACUAUCUUACCGUGUUCUGAUGGGAUUUUGGUCCCUUCUUCCACACAGUCUUUAAAUCUAGAAGAUUCUAGGGAGGCCCGCUAGUGAUUCUGGAUCUUCAGCUUCUUCCACAAACGUCCCAUCAGGUUUAAAUGUGGUGAUUGACUGGGUAAUUCAAACACCUCUAUUAGCAUCCUCUGGAACCAGUUAAGAGUCUCUUUUGUCAUCUUAUCCUCACUGUCCUGAUGGAUGGCAACAGAUUUUUCGCAAGAAUUUUCCGAUACAUGUCUUCAUCUUUACAUUGGUAAUUUGGAUUCUGCUGGUGCCAUGACAAGAGAAACUCCAAAACUCUAAACUGCAACUUAUUCAAUACAACACAGAGUAUACCUGACACAAUAUAAACCACACAAAAUGGGACUUACAGACAGUGAAACGUCAAACACCGCUGAUGAUUACUUUUCAUGCUGCCUGGCUUUGCCCCCCAUUCAAACAUUUUGGACAAACACAACACACAAAACAUCCUCAACCAUCUGCCACAGAAUUCCAGUCUCUCCCUCUGUAUGUGCGCUAAGUGAUCUCUUACCAGUUUAACUGCCACUGAAACAUUAACAACCCGUACUGGUUGCCCUAACAAUCACUAAGAAGACAAUUUUACUGAAUUGGAAAGACAGAAACAACCUUUCAACAUCCCAAUGGCAUCAUCUACUCUCAGUACAUUUCAAUAGAAAGACAAAUAGCUUUAAAAAAACAACUAAACUAAUUCAUGUCACAGAUGUUGGGCUCCAUUUAUUAACAUCACCUAUCUACCCUUGUAGCAUAUACAUACACACUGUGUUAAUUUUGCACCAAAAAAAAAGCUUCUCCAAUUAUUAAAUACGCUUCAGCUGACAUGUUCAAUA